AUGAUCGCACGCAACUUGUCCAGAGCGGUUCUUCGAGCCGCUCGCGCUCCUCGCGCUGCCAACACCUCCAACGCGCUCUCCCUCGCCCGCACUGCCUCCAUCCGACCCACGGUGACCCCCGCCGGCAGCCGCCUCUUCACCUCCACCCGCUCCCUCCUCUCCCAGGGCGAAACCGAUGCGGAACUAGUAUCCAAGCUGGCCACUGAGCUCUCGUACGAGCAGGAGAACUCCAACCUGUUCGCACCCGACUCGUCGCCCACCGCCGAGCCCGGAUUCGUCACCGAGUUCAAGCAAGCUGGCAUCUGGAAACUCAUCGACACCCCCGGCCUCGACGAAGUCUCGCUCUCCCGCGAGUUCGGAAACGAGCACAUCUCGAUCCUCUUCUCCGUCGGAGACCUCGACACCACCGGUGCCCUUCCGGAGGACGGCGAAGACGGUACGCCAGGAGAAGUCGACGGCGCACCCGAACAGUCGGAACAACCGCAGUUCCCGAUCCGCAUCUCUGCCACCAUCACGAAACCCUCCGGAGGCGCUAUCAUGAUGGACGCAUUCGUCCAGGACGGCGAACUGAACAUCGACAACAUCGCCUACUACAAGGACAAAGACAUGGCGACCAGGAUCGAUGCCGACGCCGACUUUCAGAGGAGAGGCUACUACCUGGGUCCUCAGUUUGAGACGUUGGACGAUGCGGUUCAGAACCAGUGGUACCAGUUCUGGGCCGAGAGGGGUGUGGACGCCAACCUGGCGCUGUUCAUUCCCAACUAUGCAGAGUACAAGGAGCAGAGGGAGUACUGUAGCUGGUUGGCGAAUAUGAGGGAUUUCAUCAAUGCUUAG